AAAUGCGGGUCUAUAUAAUUGGUCAGUUGUCAUCUUUUCUUAUCUCGUUUUCGAUAUUAAUUUGCUUUUCAUUAAUACGGUUACACGUAACCAAUCAAAAUUACAAACACAUGUCCCGGUAGUAAUCAAGGGGCCUAAUAAGCAAUAUUAUCCUCUUUGCUUGUGCAUCGGUCUCCACAGGAGAUGUAUUACUGUGAUAUUAUCGUUAACAACGCACUAAAUUUAUUGAUUGCAAAAAUUGAUUUAAAAAGAGCGUGGGCUUUAAGUAUAUUGUUUCAUUGUUCAAGUAUUAUAAAAAUGGAACAACAGAGACGUUCUAUUGCAGCUUUAUCCAGUACUGGAAAUAUAGCUGAAAACUGGCUGCAGUGGAAAGAAAAUUUUAUCAAUUAUUUAAAAGUAAAUAACUAUGUUGCAAAGUCUGAUGAUUUAAAAAUUUAUCUGUUAAAAAAGAACAUAGGAAAAAUUGGUCAAGAAGCCAUAGAAAUCUUAUGUAAAGACAGCAAAAAGUCCAUAAAUAAUAUGAAUACAUUAUUAGAAGAACUUGAUACUUACUUCCAAAUUUCAAAAAAUGAAAUUAUAGAACGAUAUAACUUUUUUACUACAUCCCAACGUGAAGAUCAAUCAAUUGACGCUUAUAUCCUUGUUUUAAAAGAAAAAGCAGAAACUUGUAAUUUUGGAACUUUGACAGAUAGCCUCAUUAGAGAUAAAGUAGUCGCAUCGAUUAAAGACAAAAAUUUAGAGACAAAACUGUUGAACACAGAUAAACUUGAUUUGCUCAAAUUAAUGAUCAUUUGUCAUAAACAUAAUAAUGAUGUGCAAACAAAAAUAACAGCUCCUAAAAAUUUGAAUAAUGAAAUAGUUACUAAACAAAAACAACAAACAAAAAAAUAUCCUGAAACAAAGAAUACUAACAUUAUUGAUAAAUUAAUAACAGAUAAAAAUUGUCAAAUAACAACAGUAUUUAGAAAGCAAUGUUGGAAGUGUAGGACAUAUCAUCCUAUGCAUUUUUGUCCUGCUUGGUGAGAUAAAUGUAUGGAAUGUGGUCAAAAUCAUUACACUCGCUGUUGCCAAUUUAACAAAAAUAAAGAGGUAAAUAUCAGAUCAGCCAAUAACAACAGCGGUGAAAACUGAAACAUCAACGUUCCUUCCGAACGGCCGCGUGUUGAACGUAGAUACCUGAAGUUUUUUAAGAUAAAUAUAAAUUACAUUCGCCUUUAAAUCAUAUAUUAAAAAACCUGUAAGUCUUUACAGGUAUAUUUCGGAACUGCUUACUAAUUGUAUCCCCAAAAGGAAUAAAAAAAAUUUGAAUGUGCACUUUGCCUGGUUUUAU